UACAACUUGACGAUGAGAUUCGUCUUCUUUCCAAUCCUCCUUGUAAACUAUAUUCACAAAUUACAGUAUUUAUUUCUCCUGAUCUUAAUAAUAUCAAUCAUUUAGGCAUCCCCAAACCUCAAAACGCUUUUAUCUUAUAUCGUAAAAAUUAUGCUGCAAAACAUAAAUCUUCUGGUAGCAAUAAAGAUUGGAAGGUUCUUUCAAAGGAGGCCAGCAUUUCCUGGAAAAAUGCACCAGACGAAGUAAAAAGUUACUUUAAAAGAUUAGCAAAACUGGCUCGUGAAAAACAUAAAUUGAUUUAUGGUAAAAAAGACAGCACUACUGGUAACCAACUACCAAAAGAAUAUACUUUUAUUGAUCAACAACCAGAACUGCUACAAAAGAUUGAAGUUGAUAAUAAUAACAACAAUUGUAAGUUUUCAACGCCACCUUAUCCGCAUCUCCCUGGGCAAAUUUCCGGCAAAGAGGAUUUAUGGAAUAAGAUACAACAGGUUUGGUUUGAAAUUGGUGUUGAAACUUGUACCAACCUAAUCCAUUCUAUGCCAGAACGAAUCCAUGAUGUUAUCAAGGCACGAGGUGGUUAUACAAGGUGGUAG